CGCGCCGCCGCCUGAGCCGCCCGCCCCGCGCCAUGGAGCCCGGCCGCGGCGGCCUGGAGGCCGUGGGCAAGUUCGAGUUCUCGCGCAAGGACCUCAUCGGGCACGGCGCCUUCGCCGUGGUCUUCAAGGGGCGCCACCGCGAGAAGCACGACUUGGAGGUCGCGGUCAAGUGCAUUAACAAGAAGAACCUGGCCAAGUCCCAGACACUGCUGGGGAAAGAAAUCAAGAUCCUCAAGGAACUGAAACAUGAAAAUAUCGUGGCUUUGUAUGACUUUCAGGAAAUGGCCAAUUCCGUGUAUCUGGUCAUGGAGUACUGUAAUGGCGGGGACCUGGCUGACUACCUGCACACCAUGCGGACACUGAGUGAGGACACCAUCCGGCUCUUCCUGCAGCAGAUUGCAGGCGCCAUGCGUCUGCUGCACAGCAAGGGCAUCAUCCACCGUGACCUGAAGCCCCAGAACAUCUUGCUGUCCAACCCUGGUGGGCGCCGCGCCAACCCCAACAACAUCCGCGUUAAGAUUGCCGACUUCGGUUUUGCUCGGUACCUGCAGAGCAACAUGAUGGCGGCCACACUCUGUGGCUCCCCCAUGUACAUGGCCCCUGAGGUCAUCAUGUCCCAGCACUACGAUGGGAAGGCAGACCUCUGGAGCAUCGGCACCAUCGUGUACCAGUGCCUGACGGGGAAGGCGCCCUUCCAGGCCAGCAGCCCCCAGGACCUCCGCCUCUUCUACGAGAGGAACAAGACAUUGGUACCCACUAUCCCCAGGGAGACAUCUGCCCCACUGAGACAGCUGCUGCUGGCGCUGCUGCAGCGUAACCACAAGGACCGCAUGGACUUCGAUGACUUCUUCCAUCACCCUUUCCUUGACGCCAGCGCCACUGUGAAGAAGUCCCCUCCUGUGCCUGUGCCCUCGUACCCAAGCUCGGGGUCCGGCAGCAGCUCCAGCAGCAGCUCCACCUCACACCUGGCCUCCCCGCCGUCCCUGGGAGAGAUGCACCAGCAGCUCCAGAAGACGCUGACGUCCCCGGCUGACGCUGCUGGCUUCCUGCAGGGCUCCCGAGGCUCUGGCGGCAGCAGCAAGGACUCGUCCUGUGAUACAGAUGACUUCGUCAUGGUCCCAGCCCAGUUUCCAGGUGACCUGGUGGCCGAGGCGGCUGGUGCCAAGCCCCCACCUGAUAGCCUGAUGUGUAGCGGGAGCUCCCUGGUGGCUUCAGCUGGCCUGGAGAGCCGUGGCCGGACCCCGUCUCCUUCUCCGCCAUGCAGCAGCAGCUCUCCAAGUCCAUCAGGCCGGGCCGGCCCGUUCAGCAGUAGAUGUGGCGUGUCGGUCCCCAUACCUGUCCCCACCCAGGUGCACAACUACCAGCGCAUUGAGCAGAACCUCCAGUCACCCACCCAGUACCAGACCACACGGUCCUCCGCCAUCCGUAGGUCUGGCAGCACCAGUCCCCUGGGCUUUGCCCGGGCUAGUCCGUCACCCCCAUCCCACACCGAGCACGGAGCUGCCCUGGCCAGAAAGCUGUCUCUGGGUGGGGGCCGGCCCUAUACCCCAUCUCCACAAGUUGGAAUCAUCCCCGAGCGGCCGGGCUGGAGCGGGGCACCCUCCCCACAGGGAGCCGAGAUGCGGGGUGGCCGAUCCCCUCGUCCAGGUUCCUCUGUGCCCGAGCCCUCUCCUCACACUGCUGGGCUGGGCUACCGCCUGCACAGCGCUCCUAACCUGUCCGACCUGCACGUCGUCCGUCCCAAGUUGCCCAAGCCCCCUACAGACCCUCUGGGGACGGCGUUUGGUCACCCACAGUCAAGCCCCCCUCAGCCAGCCCACGGGCUGCAAUCCUGCCGGCCCCUGCGAGGCUCGCCUAAGCUGCCCGACUUCCUGCAGCGCAACCCCCUGCCCCCCAUCCUGGGCUCCCCCACCAAGGCCUUGCCCGCCUUCGACUUCCCCAAGAACCCCAGCUCCCAGAACUUGCUGACCCUCCUGGCCCGGCAGGGUGUAGUCAUGACCCCACCUCGGAACCGGACUCUGCCAGACCUUUCAGAGGCAGGACCGUUCCAGGGGCAGCAGCUGGGCCCUGGCCUGCGGCCCACUGAGGACAAGAGCCCCUUCGGCAGGUCCCUUAGUACCGGCCGCCUCACAGACCUGCUCCUUAAGGCUGCGUUCGGGACCCAGGCCCCUGACUCAGGGAGCACAGACAGCCUGCAGGAGAAGCCCAUGGACAUCGCGCCCUCUGCUGGCCUUGGAGGGAACCUGCACCCGGGAGCUCGUGCUGGGGGUGCCAGCAGCCCAUCUCCUGUGGUGUUCACUGUGGGCUCGCCCCCCAGCGGGACCACGCCACCCCAGGGUCCUCGUACUAGGAUGUUCUCAGUGGGCUCCUCAAGCUCCCUUGGCUCAGUGGGCUCCUCCUCUGCCCGGCACCUGGCACCCGGAGCCUGUAGUGAGGCUGCCCCAGAGGUCCCGGCCCCUAGCCACUGCUGUAGCUUUGCCGACCCCGUGACCGCCAACCUGGAGGGGGCUGUGACCUUCGAGGCCCCGGACCUCCCUGAGGAGACGCUGAUGGAGCAAGAGCACACGGAGAUCCUGCACAGCCUGCGCUUCACGCUCGUCUUCGUCCAGCACGUCCUGGACAUUGCGGCCCUGAGGGGCAGUGCCAGCAACACAGCCGGGGGACCUGAGUACCAGCUGCAGGAGAGCGUCGUGGCCGACCAGAUCAGCCUACUGAGCCGCGAGUGGGGCUUCGCGGAGCAGCUGGUGCUUUACCUGAAGGUGGCUGAGCUGCUGUCCUCAGGCCUGCAGACCGCCAUUGACCAGAUCCGGGCUGGCAAGCUGUGCCUGUCGUCCACCGUAAAGCAGGUGGUACGUAAGCUGAACGAACUGUACAAGGCCAGUGUGGUGUCCUGCCAAGGCCUGAGCCUACGGUUGCAACGCUUCUUCCUGGACAAGCAACGGCUCCUGGAUCGUAUCCAGAGCGUCACAGCCGAGAAGCUCAUCUUCAGCCAUGCUGUGCAGACGGUGCAGUCGGCUGCCUUGGACGAGAUGUUCCACCGCCGGGAGGACUGUGUCCAGCGCUACCACAAGGCUCUGCUGCUCAUGGAGGGGUUGCAGCACAUCCUCACUGACCAGGCAGACGUGGAGAACAUUGCGAAGUGCAAGCUGUGCAUCGAGCGGAGACUCUCAGCGCUGCUGACCGGCAUCUCUGCCUGACCCGCGGAGUACCUGGCUCACUGCCCAACGGCUGGAUCUCCUCUGCCAAUCCCACAGGCUUGAGGGGCGGCCGGCUGGCCAGGCUUGAAGGGACAAGCCUGUGGCCUUGGUGCUGCUUGGUGGUGGUAGGGAGAGAGAGGGUGGGUCCCCCCUGAGCUGCAGGCCUGAGCUAUGCUGCGGUGGGCUUCAGGGCGCUGGGAUCUGAAUCCAGGCCAGACCUCUGGCCUCACUGAUGGGCAGAGCUCCUGCCUGGCAAUCACAACUAUCCUCGGCCAGUUUGGAGGCAAGUGGGCACAGGUAGCCGGUCCCCUAUCCCAGCCAGACCCCAGGGCAGCCCUCAUGCCUGCUGACGUGCUGAGGACACGCAGAGGCCCCGAGACCGCUCUGCCCAGGAAAAGGUGUGGCCUCCUGGUCCCCUUCCUUCCCCAAGACCACCCACCCAGCUUUGUGAAUCAUGGAGCACUUUAUGCAGGCAGACCUGAAGCAGGACUGCCCGCGCAGUCCCGCCUGUUGUACUACAGGGCGUGUGUACAUACCUAUAUACAUAUAUACAUAUAUAAAUAGUCAUGCGAGCGUGUGCAAGCGUGUGUGCUGUGCCUACCGCCUGGGACCCUCUCAGGUAGACACAGACAUCUUAUUUAAAUGUUCUUUUAGGGACGGACAGUACGAAGCACCAAGCUUUCUGAACCCAGAACAGACGUUGAAGUCUAUUACACUUUACUCCUGAAAUGUGUCUUAUUUUUCUGCAGCUCUUUUUUAACAAAAGAAGAAAAUUUGUAGGAGUUUAGGAUAUUGGUUUUGGAAGGGUAGAUCCUCAGCAUCGUGUGGGGAUGCAGGUGGAGGUGGUGAUGCCUGUUAGAGCAGCCCUGCCCCUGCCACGAAGUAGUGGGCAGGUGAGAGGGCAUUUGGUGCGAAGCCUCACAUCCAGCUUUCACAAUGGGUUUUGAUGCCAAAGUCGUGUCCGUGUCCUUGUCCUUGUUCUUCUCCCUCUCCCUGCCCCGCAGGCUGGGUCCUGGCUGCCUUGAGGGGCUGGUGGGGUGGGGAGACUUCUGUCCUGGAGAGGGCAGAGGGAGCUUGCCUGAGUCCGGGUGCCCUGGGCAAGGGCUGUAAGGUCUUACAUCAAGACCUAGACAUCUUUGUGUUUCUUUGCAAUACUUGAAAUACUGCCACUGUGCUUGGACUUCAAGGCAGCCCUGUCAUAUGUUCCCUCAACACCCAGUGACUUCGUUCCUUGCUGCACGGAAUGUGUGCAUAUUUAUUGCUUUACAGUCGGCUGAGGUCCAGGGCCACCAGGAGGCUGGUGCCACGGGAGGGGACUCAGGCAGCUUCCCACCCCUCGUGGGUGCCCCUGUGGGCUGCCGUGCUGCCCACCUCCCAGCGUGUGUGCUGCCAGCUGAUUCUGUUCUCCACGAUUCAGCGCCCCACCCUUGGUGUACUUUAAAAGGAGUUUUGUGUGAUUCUCCCAACCCCUUCAUUUGCGUUACAUUGUGUAAUACUGAUUUAAGGAAAUAAACCUUUGGAAUUGAG